AUGAGGUUCUUGGCAUUUGAGACUACACUGAAGGCCUGGUACUCCCAGGCCAAUUUCCUUGCUUCCGAGGGCCUUCAAAGGCUGAUUCAUGACAAGGAGGAACUUACCUCCGAGUGGCAAAGCAAGCAAGAGGUAGUGACUCUUAGCCAGGAGGUCGCCCCGUUAAGGGCACAAUUUGAAGAAACUAAGGCCAAAUGGGUUGAGGUCCAUAAUGUCGUUCUUGCUGCAUCUGAUCGCGAGGAUGCCACUGCAGAAAGAUUGAAUAAUUUGGAGGCAUCCUUAAACUCCAAAACUGAAGAGGUUACUGUAGCAGAGGCAAAGCAUGCCCGGUUAGAGGAGAAGCAUAACAGGACCAUCGAGCACAAUAGAGUUUUCAGCUCUAUUGUCCGCGAGCUUGAUGUCAGCCUCCGAUCCACCAGAUCCACGCGGGAUAACCUUUCUGCCGAGGUCGACCGACUUAAAGAAGAACUCCAGCACCGAGCGUCUUCCCUCAUUGUUGAAAAAACAUAUGCUAUGUAUAGCAUGAGCAGAAAAAACUUGGAAAAGGCCAAAGCGGGUGUCAUUGACUUUGAUGCCGAAAUCGCUAAGGCCCGUGAGCUGGAGUCAAUUGCCAAAAGGGGUCUUCCGGUCCGGCCUGAUGCUACUGACUCUUCUGGUCCUAGUUCUGAGUUCUCAGGAACUGUAGAACAAGCGAAAGGUGAUAAUGCUGAAGGCCAAAAUAUUGAGCCAGCGGCGGAUCUACCCACUUCUCCUGGGGGUGCAGAUGCUUCUCUUCCUCCGAGUUUCGAAGAUACAGUAUCUUAG